AUGGAGAACCCUAAUUCCACCCCCAACGGAGCAGUCCCGGCCGGAAGAGUACAAGACGAGGAGUGCAGCAACUGCGGCACCAAGAAAGCGUGGGUCCUACACAACGUCCGCUACCGCGCCAACCUCCGCCGCCUCUGCACCUCCUGCGUCCUCCGCCUCCACCCCUCCAGCUUCUGCCCCUUGUGCUUCCUCUCCCACCCUGACCUAAAUUCCCAAAACGCCCUCGUCUCCUGCUCCAAGUGCCCCUCCCUCUCCCACCCUGACUGCCUCCCUCCCUACGCCGCCUUCUCCCCCUCCCCCUUCCUCUGCCCGCCCUGCUCCUCCGCCAACCCCAACACCUUCUCCUUCUUCCAAUUAGACGACCGCCACCGCUCCCUCGACAAGCGCCUCGCCGCCGUGCUCCUCUGCGCCGCCACCAUCGCCGCCUCCUCCAUGUCCAAGGCCGUCGCCGUCGCACGCGCCGAGGCCGAGCGGCGCGUGAGGGAGGCCGCCAACGCCAGGAAGCGCGCUCGUGAGGCCUUGGACCGCUUCGUCAUACUCUCCUCCUCCGCCAAGGCCGUCCGCGCCGACGUCUCGGGGUCCUCCAACGGCGGAAAACAAGCCUCCAAGAACAAUGAGAAACCGAAUGGGUUGAAAGGGAAAGAGUGA